GUAAAGAUGAAGACGUCACUCCCGGAAGUUCAUUUCAUGUUUAUGUUUUUAUGGUCUACAAGUACAAGAAAAAUAACAAUAAUUGAUACUUUUACAUAUUCUAUAAACAAUGGGGGCUUUAACAAGUCGACAGGCCAAUGGAAACGAAGAUAUUGACACUGCUUGUAACAACGUGUAUAGAUACCCACCGAAAUCAGGUAACUAUUUUGGAAGUCAUUUCAUUAUGGGAGGAGAAAGAUUUGAUAUGAGUCAGCCAGAAGCUUAUCUGUUUGGAGAAAAUCAGGAUCUCAAUUUUCUUGGAUCAAAGCCUGUUGCUUAUCCUUAUCCUUCAUCAUCAGGUAAUGAACCUACCAAAACACUUAAAAGUCUGGUCAACAUUAGAAAGGAUUCUCUUCGCUUUGUCAAGGUUGAUGAAGCUGAAGUAGAGGAUGAUCAGAAGACCACACACAGAUAUAAUGUAGAAUUUGUCUUUGAUUCAGAUGUCAAAUGUGCUAUUACUAUCUAUUACUUUGCAACAGAGGAGUUUAACAAUGGGCAACUUGUAAUCAACUCUAAAUAUCCUAUAAAGUCAGACACAUACCAUUAUAAGAAAGGGGCCAAUCAAUUGUUCUCACAGACAGGUCAUAUGAUAGAACCAACCAAUUAUACCGAAGAAGAGUGGCAGUAUGAUCCAGCUAAGGAUAUCAUCCCAGUGGUUAUACAUUGUGUAGUAGAAGAUGAAGAACAUCCAAACCAUGCCCAUCUUACAUUUGGUAUGGUAGAGAAAAGUUCAGCAGACAGUGGAUACAUACUGAAGCCAUUGAAACAAAAACAGUUUGUUGAUGGGUUGUCAUAUCUACUGCAAGAAAUAUAUGGGAUUGAAAACAAGCAGGUGGAUAGGUCCAAGCUUGAUCCAGAUGAUGAAGUUGAUGAUAGUGGUGCUGAAUGUGUGAUAUGUAUGUCUGACAUGAGAGACACUUUAAUUCUACCAUGUCGUCACUUGUGUCUGUGUAGUGCUUGUGCAGAGUCAUUGCGAUACCAAGCCAGUAAUUGCCCUAUCUGUCGAUCUCCAUUUAGAGCUCUAUUACAGAUCAGAGCAAUGAGAAGGAAACAGGCUAUUCCUGUCCAGGGAGAGAAUAAUGAAGAGAACCCAGUCAGCCAGGAUGGUGUACCUACAGGAUAUUUUGCAGUGUCAUUGAUAGAAGCAUUGAAUGGUCCCUGUAAUCAAAAUCUGAUGGGAGAUGAUUAUUAUCCAUCUGUUAGAAUGAUUCCCUCAAACGAAAAAGAUUCACAUCACAGAGACAAGAAAAGGAAAAGACAAACAUUACAAGUAGAUUCUGGGAAAGAUUCUGUAGUGACAGCCAAUCUGAAAUUAGAUGAUAAAAAGUUACUUGGAAAUGAAGAAUUGAAAGGAGGGAAGGAGACAGUUGAAGUGGUCAAAACUAAAGAUAAACUGAAACCACAUGUACCAAAAAUAUUCUCAGAAGACCCAGACAGUACAGAUGAAUCCAAGGUUGUAAAUGUCUCCAAUGAUUACAGUUCCGAUACACUUGAGAGCAAGGGCACACCAGAUGUUACAAAGUUGCGAGUAUAUGAUCUAAAUGAGUCUGAGGCAGAUAGUGAUUACGACAUGAAGACACAUCCUAUAACAGGUACCAGAUGUUCUACAGAAGAUUUAGCAGAUGAUGAGAGAGAAGAUACAUCUGAAGCUGAGCAAGAGCCAGAACCUGACUAUGAUGAUGAACCAAUAGGUAAAAAAACAGAAAAAGAUGCAGACAGUGAUGGCUAUAUUCCAACAGACUGUUACCCUGUUGGUUCCACACCAGAAGAGAAACCAGUCAACAGAAUAACUUAUGUUAAAGGUCUCAGCAAAAGUGAGGGAGCAGUCAAUAAAGACACUCAUGGUUAUGAGCCAAUGAAAGUCAGCAGUGAACUAUCCUUACCUGGGACGGGGUCCAGUACAGAAGGAUCAAGUUUCAGUAGUAAUCACAGUUCUGGUGCCCUGUUACCAGCAGGAACAGUAUCUGAUGAUGACAAAUCUUAAGAUAGAAACAGGAAAUACAAAGUAAUCUCCCUUUGUCUGUGAUCUGUGGCCAAGUUGAAUUUAAGCUUGGACAACAACAAAAUAAAAUGUGAUUAUUCAGAUGAUUAAUUGGUAUAUGUUAUAUGUUCAUUCAUGUAGGAACUUUGAUUAGUUAGUUCUCAACUUUUUGAAAGCAGUUGGACAUUUUCUAACCAAAAUUACACAGAUUCUUCUUCUGGAUUAGAAGUUGGGUACCUGCUAUUUUUAUUUGAGAUAGACACAAAAAGAAUUUAGCUGGAUUAAAUAUUUAUGUGAGUACUGAAGUUUCCCCAAAAUCAACAAAACAAAAAUAAAAAAAACCCAAUACAACACAUUGCAAACCAUAUUUGCAAAAAGUGCUAGUCUCUUUAGAAAACUAUAAUAAAUACACAGAAACUUAUAAAAAUAUCAGUAAAAUCUACAAAUAAGUCAAAAACUGUAAUCGGCUUCUUAUGUGAUUGUUUUUUUCUUUUUGGCAGUUAUCUUUAAAUUUAUAGUAGAUUGAGAUAAUACAGUACACAUGAAACAUAUUAAGGGUCAAUGUACUUAAAUUUGUUUUAUAAUGUUCUAUGAUUGGAUCUUCAUUUUUAACUGGUCUCAAUCUAACUUAAAGAAAGAUGUCAUUGGUUUCUUAUAGUUUUAAUGACUAUCAUGUUGUAAAUUUAUGUUGUUAGCAUUCAGACUCAUUGGACCUAAUAGUGUUUUUUUUUCAGUUUAAAAAUAUCAUUAUUUAUAACAUGUAUUUGUGUGUGUUUUUAAUUGUAUUGCAAGAAUUAUAAAAUGAUGGUGCUGUUGUUUAUUUGUAUAUAUAAGAUAUAAAUCUGUUCUUUAAUUAAUCUUGAUUUAAAAAUCAAAAAAAUCAAAAAAAUUAAAAUAAUGAAUUAUACAUUGAUAUGUUUAUAUUUUGCAUAAUUGAUUUAAGCAUAUAGAGUGACUCCUGACUACUGAUUAUUUUGAUAAUGAUUGAAAUGCUCUAAAAUUGUGUUGUUAUAAUUAAUAUACUUAUUUCUAAAAUUAUUAUGAAUUUGUCUUGUCUGUGAGAAAUAUUGUAAGUAUUCUAGCCUCCCCUUACUUGCAGAGUUGGGGUAAUUGUAAUUGUAAUCGUUAAUCAGCUGUAAUUGAUUACAAUUUUUCAAGUAAUCAUUGUAAUCAUUAAUCAGCCAAAAAUCUGAUUACAUGUAAUUUAAUUUAAACAAUUACUUUUCAAAAUACCCUAUAAUCCUGAUUACUUUAUGAUUACAUUCUGAUUACAAUGAAAAAAAUCUUAAACUGUGUUUAUGGUCAAUAAAGGAAACUUUUUGUUAUUUUUAUUCAAUUUAUAUUGAACAUGUUUAAUGAGAUAGUUUGGUUUACCUUUUUUUUUUUUUUUAUAUAUUAAACAUGACAAUUGGUUUGUAUACUUCAGUAAAAAUAAGCAGUUACAGUAUAGAAAAGCCAUUUAAUAGCCUAGGAAGAGAGAAGAGACAUAUAAUACAAUUAUAGGUUCUGGCCUUAGUUAAAGAUAUUUUACAUAUAUUCACAAUUUAAAGAUGUACAUAUUUGAUAAUAACUGUUGUAUUCAAGCAAUACUUUUCUUUAACCCUUAAUCAUAAUCUUAACAUGUUAAUGUUGUGAUUUUUGUCAUCUUUGAAUUGACAGGUAGGAAACCAAUUAAGGUUUGUUUUUAUUGCAAUUACCAACUGAGUAUAGCUGUAGGACAAUAUAUAUGGUAAAAGAUAAAUCAGACAUGUGAUAAUUUAUUCAAUAAGCACAAAAUUAAUUAAAAGUUGGACAAAUAUUUAAAAUAAGAAAAUUUUGGUAUGUAUUUGGACUGGACAUGUAAAAUGCAAUGAUUUUUAGCACUUGUAUUUUGUUUACAAUUUGAUUAAACUGGUACAAUUUCAUCCAUAUUUCAACUCCCAUAAACUGCACCUUGAAACACAUAUAAAUUAAAGUCUAGAAUAUGUCAGAAGACAAACAGCAUAUGCUUUUUAUAAAGCUAUAUUCAAUUGAAGUCAAAAUAAUUCAGAGAUACAUGAUGAUAAAGUGCAAUGGGUCGUAACCAGUGACACAAUGUUCAUGUAUGUAUGAAGUGAACUUUUGAGGUUUAUUAAAUAGAUGAAGUUGGAAGUUAUUAUUUUAUGAUAUAGCAAACACAAUACUUUCUAAAAAAUGCUAUAGUUAUAUAUUAAGUGUUUAUUUAUUCACAUCAUGCAAAAUGUUUUUUUUUUAAUCGUACAAAUGACAAAGUAAUUGUAAUUUGAUCAAUUACAUUAAAAGUAAUCGGACCCAUCUCUGCUUACUUGGGACUUUGUUAAGUGUUUUUAUCACAGGAAUUUUCCAGUUAUGAGAAAUUGGAAAAUAUUAUCUUUGGUUUAUACAUUGUAGCAUCCUUUCAUCUGACAGUAAAAACCUUGCCAAAGCGGAUUUUUUGCUUUUGCUUUGCAGAUGAAUUUAAUUUGCAGCCACUUCAGAAUUCAGAAUGGAUCAUUGAAUCUGAUGGCCUAUGUUUGAUCUGCAUGUUAAAAACCUUUUCACAAAGUAAUGAUGGGUCUGUAGGUCUGUAGCUGACAAUCCAUUUCUGAGAUUCUUACAGCAAUAGGUUACAUAUAUUUGCCGUAUUGAAUGAUUGUUAGGUGUACAUGUGCAUCUGACCUUGAUUUAACUUUCUUGGUUCAUUGAUUACCAUCAACUAAGUGAUUAGGUCAGCUUCUCAUAUGCAAUAAGCAAUAAAUCAACUAUAUUUGGUCUCAAGAGUGAUUAUAAGGUGUACAUGUAUGUAUGGCAAGGUUAAUCUGAGAUCUGGUCUAUUGAAACUAUUAGGAUUUAAGAACCUUGAUUCUAAAGCUUUCAUAAUUCAAUCAAUUAACAUCUGUUGAGGAGGCAAGACGUUUCAGUAUAUGGAUUCUCUGUUUCAGUUAUCUGAGCGGCACCAAAAAGUUAAAAUUUUAGCUGAAAAUGAAGCUUGAUGAAGAUAAUCAAGAAAUAAUUUCUUUUUGAAAUAGUCAGUAGUUUAUUUUUGUAACCAGAGAUUAUGUAUAUGGAAAAAAUAAUACUUUAUUUCAAUGAUUAUGACUUAAAAUUGUUGUGUUUGUGAACAUUUUAUUUUCAUUUGCUAAAUUAAUUGUACUAAACGUCUGUUGACAGUGUAUUACUUGCAGAUUAUGUUUUCAUGCACCUUCCACAUUUUGCUUCAUAUUUUAUGCAUUUAUUAAGGUUGACAGAAGUAAACAGAUUUUCAAAUCUUGUGAAUUGAGUAAGAAGAGACUAAACAAUGUAACAAACAACACCUAUAUAAGCAAAAAGAUGAAUGAAAUUAGCUGGGAAAAAGUUAGGGGUCAUCAAUUUUAAAGUAAAGUAGUGAUACGGAAAACAUGAGUAUAUCUGUAGCAGUCAAACUGACCCCUUUGACAUGAAAUUGUCCAUAUUUGUAUAUCAGACUAACCUGCUUUUGUAUAAUUUUGAUAUAAUUUGGCCAACAAGUAGUACAGUGUAAAAUCUGAUUGAGGAAAAGUUGGUGGAUUAUUUUUGAUUUCAUUUAUUAUUCUUUUUAAAAAAUACAUUGCAAAUAUCACUGUUCUGUCUGAUUUUCAUAUUCUUUUCUGAAAACACUUUCCAUAUGUUUAUGCAUGAAGGUCUUCAGCAAAAAUCCUUGUUUGGUUACAAACCGAUAAAAAAUAAUGUAACCAACAUAAUAACUUUUUAAAAAACUUUUUUCCUUUGAACAUACAAGUUAUAAAAAGAUCCAUUUGAAUUUAUUUGUCUGACAUUAGACACAUGCACCAUGAUUCUAUUGUCAGCCUCUUAAUGUGUACAAUUGAUAUAAAUUGUAUUUUUGGAAAAAAAUAAUCAUUUGUAAAUAAGUCUCUAUAAGUCAUUGUAAUUUAUUGUUAUAUGCUGCGAAAUAAUUGUUGUCAAUAAAAGCACAAAAAAUC